AUGGAUACCAAGAAACCAUUGUCAUUGGCUUUAGUCCUCGUAUUAGUUUUUGUGAGUUACUGUUUUGAGAGUGUGCUAUCUACCACAGUCACAUAUGAUCAUAGAGCACUGGUUAUUGAUGGCAAGAGGAGGGUAUUGCAGUCGGGUUCUAUCCAUUAUCCUAGAAGCACCCCAGAGGUGUGGCCGGAACUUAUUAGGAAAUCCAAGGAAGGGGGAUUAGACGUGAUCGAGACUUAUGUUUUCUGGAAUUAUCAUGAACCGGUUAGAGGGCAGUACUACUUUGAAGGCAGGUUUGACCUGGUGAAGUUUGUGAAAGCAGUGCAGGAAGCUGGCCUUCUGGUUCAUCUGAGGAUUGGGCCAUAUGCUUGUGCUGAAUGGAAUUAUGGUGGGUUCCCUCUUUGGUUGCAUUUCAUUCCUGGAAUUCAGUUCCGUACGACAAAUGAUAUGUUCAAGAGAGAAAUGCUGCGUUUUCUCACCAAAAUUGUAGGACUAAUGAAGGAAGAGAAUCUCUUUGCAUCACAAGGAGGGCCAAUCAUUCUUGCUCAGGUUGAAAACGAAUAUGAGCUUGUUGAAUGGGCAUAUGGGAUUGCAGGAGAAUUAUAUGUCAAAUGGGCUGCAGAAACUGCUAUCAGUCUUAAUACAACAGUGCCUUGGGUGAUGUGCCGACAGGAAGAUGCACCUGAUCCAAUUAUAAACACAUGCAAUGGAUUUUAUUGUGAUCGAUUCACUCCAAAUUCCCCAUCAAAACCGAAAAUGUGGACUGAGAACUACAGUGGAUGGUUUAAGUCAUUUGGAUAUCCAAUUCCUCAUCGACCUGUUGAGGACCUUGCAUUUGCCAUUGCACGUUUUUUUGAAACUGGUGGAGCCUUUCACAACUACUAUAUGUAUUUUGGUGGAACCAACUUUGGACGAACAGCUGGAGGUCCUCUUGUUGCAACAAGCUAUGAUUAUGAUGCCCCAAUAGAUGAAUAUGGUUUUAUUAGACAGCCAAAAUGGGGCCACCUACGUGACCUGCACUUGGCAAUAAAGCACUGUGAGGAGUAUUUGAUCAGCUCUGAUCCAACUCACCAGCAGCUUGGUCAUAAUCUAGAGGCACAUAUCUACUAUAAAUCUUCCAACGACUGUGCAGCCUUCCUUGCUAAUUAUGACAGCAAUCUGGAUGCAAAUGUUACAUUUAAUGGAAAUUUGUACUUCCUUCCAGCUUGGUCUGUAAGCAUCCUUCCAGACUGUAAGAAUGUCAUUUUUAACACAGCAAAGGUUGUGUCACAAAGAAACUUCGGUGACAACUCAUUUGCUCAAACAACUACUGUUAAUCAGUUUUCAUUGUCAGCAUCAUCAUGGAGCUGGUAUAACGAAGAACCAGGUGUUUGGGGCAAUAACUCGUUUACAGAAUCACGUUUAUUGGAGCAGAUCAGUACAACAAAAGACACUAGCGAUUACCUAUGGUACACAACAAGUAUAAAUAUCAUGCCUGAUCAAUCAAAAGAGGUCUUCCUGCUUAUUGAAAGUUUGGGACAUGCAGCACUUAUUUUUGUCAACAAAAGGCUUGUAGCAUUUGGAUAUGGUAAUCAUGAUGAUGCAAGCUUUUUGAUCAGUGAGAAAAUUAGUCUUGUUGAGGGAAAUAAUACACUGGAUAUGUUGAGUAUGAUGGUUGGUCUACAGAACUUUGGACCAUGGUUCGAUGUUCAAGGGGCAGGAAUUUUUUCAGUGGUUCUUGUUGACCCAUGGAACAGGAAGAAUGAUGUUUCUUCUGGAGAGUGGACUUAUCAGGUGGGACUUGAGGGAGAAUACCUUGGACUAGAUAAAGUAAGUCUUGCAAAUAGCUCACUGUGGAAAAAGGGGAGUAUUCCACCUGUUAACAAGACUUUGAUAUGGUACAAGGUUACUUUCCUUGCUCCUGAAGGUAAGGGUCCUUUAGCCUUAAAUCUCACUAGCAUGGGGAAGGGUCAAGCUUGGGUUAAUGGACAGAGCAUAGGACGAUACUGGCCUGCCUAUCUCUCACCAUCUGAAGGUUGUACCAAGAAUUGUGAUUACAGAGGAGAAUAUGAUUCGACAAAAUGUCAACAGAAUUGUGGCCAACCUGCUCAGACAUUAUAUCAUAUCCCACGCUCUUGGGUACAUCCUGGUGAGAACCUAUUAGUCCUUCAUGAAGAGCUUGGUGGUGACCCUACAAAGAUUUCUGUGCUGACACGAACUGGGCAAGAGAUUUGUUCACUUGUAUCUGAGAAAGAUCCUCUGCCAGCUGAUUCUUGGAAACCAAACUUAGGCUUCAUGUCUCAAACUCCUGAAGCUCGACUGACCUGUGAAAAAGGAUGGCGCAUUGCUUCGAUUAACUUUGCCAGUUUUGGAUCUCCACAAGGAAAUUGUGGUGAAUUCAGAAGGGGAAUUUGUCAUGCAGACAUAAUAUCUAUGGUUCAGAAGGCUUGCAUUGGUCAGGAGCAGUGCUCGAUACCCGUUUCCACUGCAAACCUUGGUGACCCUUGCCCUGGUAUACUGAAAAGCCUUGCAAUUGAAGCUCUAUGCAGUGACUGAAAUUCCAAAUCUCAUCGCUAUGGAAUUCCUUUUUUUUUUUCUUUUCUCUUUCCUUUUCAUAAAAAAUCGAUUUAUGCAAAGAAAA